AUGACUGUUGCAUCAACAAAGGGAUUGUCACGAAAUUACUCAAGUUUAACUUAUGAACAACUGAAUGCUUUUUCCGAUUUAUAUCAUUCUGAUCCAAAAAAUUUACUUGCACAAACAACAUGUUGUCAAAUAGCUUUGGUCGAUGCUCUUGUCGACAGGAAAAAACGUUUUACUUCAUCACACAUGUUCAACACAAAGCUAUCAAUUGAAGGAAAAGCAACAAAUCAAAAAUCUUCUGGAAGAUGUUGGAUCUUUGCCAUGCUCAAUUGUAUGCGUUUACCCCUGAUGAAAUCAUUAAAAGUAUCAGAGUUAGAAUUAAGUCAAAAUUAUUUGUUCUAUUGGGAUAAAAUUGAACGAUGUCACUAUUUUCUAACAUCAAUGAUCGAUCUUGCAAAGAAACAAGAACCAUUACAAGGCCGUUUAGCGCAAUUUUUGUUGAAAGAUUUAAUAAUUGAUGGAGGUAGACAAUGGGAUAUGUUAGUGAAUCUUGUGAAAAAAUAUGGCGUUGUUCCCAAAUCUGUUUAUCCUGAAAGUUCAAAUUCAGAGGGUACAGUGAAUAUGAACAAACUCCUUCGAGCGAAAUUGCGUGGCUACGCACAAGAAAUCUACGAAUUCAUCAAUGAUGGUAAACGUAGUGAUGAUGAAUUGUAUCAACGAGAACUUGAAAUGAUGAGCUCGGUAAAAAUAGUUUUAACUUGAUGUUUUUUCUAAACAUAGUUUAUUUGAUUCAACAAAGCGGAUGGGUCCAUCACACGUUGAGAAGAAUCGAAAAGGAAAAAUUGAUUAUCACACAUACAUAC